AUGUUCACCGGUCCGAGCCAGUAUCUUUCCAUCCACCUCCCGAGCCCGACCACGGUCAGUUUCACCGUUUCGACGCGACAACCUUCGCAAGCCUGGUCGGUAAAAGGGUCGCCCUCACACUCCUACUUGCCCCGUGUCCCCGUCUUCACCCUUAUCAAGUACGCGCUGCGGGUCCUGCUCGUCCUGGGCGUUGUUCUCGUCAACCUCACGAAAGGACGGAUCGACGCGCCGCACUCACAACUCGACGCGUAUGUCGACUUGGGGCUCAAGCUCAGUCUGGCCGGCGGGACGAUCAGAGCAAUUGCUGAACACGCCGAAUGGUGGAUUCUGGGGCCCGUGAGCCUCGGUAUCAUCUACGCGUGCCUAAGGAGGGAUUAUGUUGAAGAGUCCCUCUUGGUCCUCCAAGGUCUCGGGAUCCAGACAUCCACAUCGUCGCGCUACUUCUUCACCGGCGCAACGACGACAUUCAUCCCCACUACGCAGAUACAGGAUAUCGUUAUCCAUGAAGCCUUCAAAGGGCUCGAAGUUCGAUUUUACCUGGCGGUGAUAGUCGAGGGGGCUACGGAGGUGGUGGUCGUCUUCCCGACUCUCCUCCCUCGUCGGGAAAUCCUCGAGGAAGUCUGGCGAGGGGGUCGGAAAUGCUUGUAUUCCGGCAUCCGCUGA